CUCCUUCACGCAUUCCAUCAAAGUGUUUACUUUCCGCUGGGCGGUCCAAUUUUCACAAUCGCCUAACAAUUCCAUAAAAAUAGUGAAAUAAUUCGGUAUCAACACAGUUUUCGGCGGCAAUAUCUUUUGAUUCUAGUGAUAUUGCUUCGAACGUAGUUUUUGUAAAGCUUUGAGUCAUUGUAGGUCUGUCAUUGUCAUUGCUGAAGAAAAAUAUGUGGUAAAUCUUGUGGAAAAAACGCGCUGUCGAUCAACGAAAUGGAUCUGUCGGAGGCAAUGAAGAUUGCGCUGGCGAAAAGCCAUUCGGCUCAGCAUGCCGCCGCAGGCAACAAUGGCAACGCCUCGGCCCAUGGCAGUUCCGGUGCUGAUCAGACCGGGGCGGGUUACGUGACAGAGAAGUUGUACAUGCUGCUGCAGUUGUAUCUGCAAAACAAGGGUUGGAGUCCUUCGGUGGAACUGCUGCAGUGCUUUGCCGAACUGAAGGAUACGCCGGUGCUUCCCAAUGCCGCCUAUCUACAGAUGCUGGCCAGUCGAGUGGCACUGGAUGCCCAAGGACGAUUAGUGCUGAGGGAGUCUGGGAAGAUUAUAUUGCCUUUCGAGCACUUUGCUAAUGCGGUCAUGCUGAAGCACAUGUCCGGUCCGCACGGAUUGCACCUGAGCGUAGAAGCCACUGUGAGGGCGGUUAUGGAAUCCUACACGAUUGGCAGGGAGAACUUGGGCAUGGAGAAGGAGUUUAUAGUGGAGGUGGUCCACUCGUGUCCCAGCCCUGCAUGUCGAUAUUAUAAAGGGCAGAUGGGAGUUGGACCGUUCAUAGAUCAAUCUUUCAAUCCUCCAAGCCACCUGAACUCGGAUUACCUGGCUCAUCUGCAGCAGAUGGGUCAGUCGGGAUUGGACCUCGCUGCGGUAGAAGCAGCAGGGAAGGCUAUCAGUAAUCAGGUGAAGAUUCCGAAGACGACUCCGACGCAACAACAGCAGAUUACGGCGGCAAUAAUACAGCAACAGAAUAGAGCUAUGGCUCAGCAAUCGCUCGAGAAGUUUGGAAAUUUAUCCAACUUGGAAAAGCAGCGAGUUCUACAACAGCUGGACAAGAAGCACUAUGAGGUUGCUCAAUCGCAGGUUCCUAGCAUGCCGCCACAGUUGGUCCCAGCAGGUAAUAGCGCACCCAUCCCGGCUCAAGUUGCCGUUGGUAAUCAGCAAGCGGCAGCAGCUGCGGCGGCCCUUUUGCAACAACAGCAACAGCAGCAACAACAACAACAGCAGCAGCAAGCUCAAUCAAUAGACAUGACUCGAGCACAGCAAACUUCCACCCCGAUCUUGCCAGCUCAAACAAUUCAACAGCACAACGCUGCAGCAUCACAGGUAGCUCACUCGCAUUUCUUGAACCAACCGCCGCUUCAGACGGUCAACAUGGACACCGGCCACAAACUGUCGGACUAUAUGCGCGGUGCAGUGGACCCUCUGGAGAAUGUUUCGACCAGUAAGGAUCUGUUGGCUCUGCACAGUGGAGCAUGGGCCGGUCAGGAUGGCCGCGGUGCCGAUGGGUUGGCCGUCAGCCAGGACAAAAUCAUCUGCGCUUUCAGCGAGCUGAUGCGCAACAUUUCCCGCAUGAAGACGUUCAUUCGUCCGAGCAUGUGCAAGCCGUACGGAAAGCAGUCGGAGAGUUUGCAAAAGACUCUGUUCGAUACCAUCCAGUUGGUUCAAUCGCUGCGGAACUGCCUACCGGCAUCGCACAUCCCGGUCACGUCCUGGAAAAGUGAGACGCACAGUACAGGAGGCAGCGAGAACGAAGCGGUUUAAAAAUUUCGAGAUUGUGGUACCAUAGGCCGAGGGUAAAUUGAUCUUUUAUUUUCAAAGUUACGAUUCAUGGAAGACUCUCUGGGCACUUUAAGUAUGCAACUGAAAACAAUGGAAUUUCUCUGGACUGAUAAAGAGCAACGUCGCUUGCACUUUCAUCUACUGGCGAAAGUAAAGUGCAACACGAAUCAGAUCCAAAAAUAGAUUUAAUCGAUAAAGUAGCUGGACAUACGGACUCUACUAAAAGGAACAGCUGUAAACUUGAAUUCACUGUGCCCAAGAUGGUGAAUAGCGAUGAAUAAGAUGAACAAGCGUACAAAAAAGAGACCGAAGACGAACCACGGAAUUCAAGGAUUCUGGAGAGCAUUCCCAGGAAUUCUUUUGAUGAUUUUCCCAAGAUUU